AUCAGCAUGGGUAAGUUCUCUUAUAGGUCAUUAGCGGUGAUGACGAUAAUAUCCCGUUAACGCGACGCGUCCAGCGUGAUAUUUGGUUGCACCAACACCCGAAAAACUGUACCGAUGCGAGAUUUCUUCUCGCACUUUGGCACCACGACGAGACGCGCGACUCGGUAGGAGUUGGAUCUGACAUGGUGUCAAUGGCCGGAAUGCUUGGAGCUGCGCUAAUACAAGGCCGGGUUUUCAUUACCAAGGAUUACCACGGUGCCAGGCACAAAGGAUGCACAGGAUCCAACCACGCUCGCUGGUCGUGCUACUUUGUUCCCGAGGCUUCUGAGGAGUGCAUGGAAAGGGCAUUGCGGCUUGCUGAGCAAAAACAGGCCUGGGACGAGGGAAUUAUCAAAGAGUUUAGUGGCGAUCAAUGGAAUGGUGAGAUACCAAGUUUUUGGGGAGAGCCUUGGAAAGCAAUGCGACCAACUGUGGGGGUAAAAGACAAGCUCAUGACAAAUUACCACACAAAUCAUCGAAGGUGGUGGAGAGCUCAGGCACUUCGCUAUCUCACACGAUUUCCAAGUGAGUAUCUGUGCAAUCUUUUAAACAAAGAACGACAUAGAGCCUUUGGGGAAGAAGUUGCAAAACUGGUGCUUAAAACCCUUGGCACUGAAUGGCCGCAUACAAGAAAUGAGAGUAAGCGUAAUUCCAGUAAUCCCAUGGAAGAACAUGUGUGGAGUGACUAUGGACCUUGGAUGCCGCGGCCUCUGUUAAGCAUUCAUGUGAGACAGGGUGACAAAGCCAGCGAGAUGAGAGUAGUCUCUUUUGACGAAUACAUGAAGCUCGCUAAUGUCCUCCGGAAGAGAUUCCCACACGUAAGAAGUGUGUGGCUUUCCACAGAAAUGCAGAACGUCGUGGAUGAAUCCAAGGAGUACAAAGGCUGGAAGUUUUAUUACAGUGAUGUUCCAAGGCAAGUUGGAACGAUCAGGAUGGCGGAGUAUAUGGCGUUGCUUGGAGACAAGCAAGCGUUCAACACGGCCUUUAUAAACUUGGUCAUGGCAGCCGAGUGUGAUUUCUUUGUGGGAGUGUUGGGUUUGACUUGGAGCUAUAUAAUUGACGACUUGAGGAUGACCAGCGGCAAACUUAAGGCUGGCUUCCUCAGUGUUAACUCUAUCAAUGGCCUGCUUCGAAAAUAA